CCAGCGCGGUGACGUCGGUGCCAGCGUGGCCGACAGGCGGAAGGCGGAAGCGUUGCCGAGUAAACACGCGACAUGGAGGAGGCCUCGCCACGCCAGGCUGCUGUGGACCCAGCGCUCGCAGCGAUGGGCCGCAGCCUCAACGAGGCGAUCCGCGUGCUCGGGGACAGGCAAGGGUCGGGAGAUGAGACUGACGGAGUCAACCGGAGGUACAUCCCCGGGCCGCUGCAGAGCAGCGGGCAGACGGUGAGCGGCAUCCUGGAGCUGGUGCAGACACUCAUCCACGGGGACGACGCGGAGGAGGGGGAGGAGGGCGACUCCGCUCCGGCAGGACUGGUGAGUGGCGGGGGAGACGGCGCCCACGUGGCCCUACUGGGCCACAGCCUCGCCGCCUACAUGUCCGUGCUGCCCCGUGAGCGCCUGCGCCGCCUCACCACACGCAUCCUCUCCGACACCAUGCUGUGGUUCUGCCGCCUCUUCCGCUUCGAGAACGGCUCGGCCUACUACCACGGCGACGAGCACGACGGGCUGCUGCGCGUGUGCCGCCUGGCGCUGCACUCGCGCUACGACGACUACGCCACGGACGGCUUCCAGGCGCUCACGCGCCAGCCGCCCGUCGUCUACGUCAGCGCCGCCGCCAGCCCGGGCACUGCGCAGCACCUGUGCCGCCAGCUGGGACUGCCACUGUCCUGCCUGUGCACCGUGCCGUGUAACACCGUCUUCGGCUCCCAGCACCAGAUGGACGUGGCCUCGCUGGAGCGUUUGGUGAAGGACGACAUCUCCUCGGGGAAGCUGCCCCUGCUGCUUGUGGCCAACGCAGGCACACCGGUGGCGGGGCACACGGACAAGUUGGGGCGUCUCCGCGAGCUGUGCGACCAGCACGGUCUGUGGCUGCACGCACAGGGGGUGAAUCUCGCCACGCUGGUGCUGGGGUAUGUCUCGUCAUCCGUGCUGGCCGCUGUCAAGUGUGACAGUCUCACGCUGACCCCGGGGCCCUGGCUGGGCCUUCCGGCGUGCCCAGCCGUCACGCUAUAUCGCCAUGACGACCCCGCGCUGUCGCUGGCGGCGGGUCUCGCGUCGUGCCAGCCGGUGGAGAAGCUGCGGGCGCUGCCGCUGUGGCUGUCGCUGCAGCGGCUGGGCCACGACGGCGUGGUGCAGCGCGUGCGGCAUGCCUCCGCGCUCAGUCAGCGGCUCAUCGAGAAGCUGAAGCUCGUCCCCGGGGUGCGCACGCUGGUGGAGGACGAGCUGAGCUCUCCCGUCGUCCUCUUCAAGUACGCGGGCGACUCGUGGCAGCCAGCGUCGGAGCGGGACCCGGCUGAGGACGUGAACCAGGACGUGAUGGACGCCUUCAAUCGAUGGCUGGGCGAGGAGCUGGCGCGGGCGGCGCCGGCGUGCGCCGUGGACGCUGUGGAGCUGGGAGACGUCGGAGUCUGCCUGCGCUUCAGCCCCCUCUCCUGCGCCGCCGGCCUCGGCACGGCGGUGGAGCACGUGGACGCGCUGGUGGAGGCUCUCGGGGCCGCCGUGCCCGUCAUGGCCGCCACGCUGCGGCUGCGGCACUUCUUCCGCAGGGAGGCCCUCGCGCAGCCCAGCCUCUCCUACCUGGAGGAGCCGGGCUGGGCGGGCCUGGGCGCCGUGCGGUUCGAGCUGACGAUGGGCGACGUGGACCCGGCGCGCAGGGGCGCCGACACGGAGCGCGUUAAUGCCGAGGCGCUGCGCAAGCUCGUGGAGCUGGGCUCCGACGUCCCGUUCCGUGGCGGGGGCCAGGCGGGCGUGUACGUGGGCAUGGUGGCGGAUGACGUGGACGUGCGCGCGCUGGUGGAGACGAUCGCCGACACGGCCCGCGAGGUCGAGGAGAGCACCAAGCUGCUGGAGAACAUGGCGGACAUGGUGCAGAAGGGAAUCCACGAGGCGGAGGAGCAGCUGCGCAAGGCGAGCCAGGAUAAGCUCAUGCAGGAGGGCGUGCUGAGGCAGCUGCCCGUCGUGGGCUCCGUGCUGAACUGGCUGUCGCCCUUGCACGCCUCCAUGCGUGGCCAGGCCUUCAACCUGAUGGCCGGGGCUCUGGAGUCGACGGAGAGCACGUACAGUUCCAAGAUGCAGACUCAGCACGCAACCCCCCCGGUGACCCCAACAUCGGAAAGACACUCCCACCUCUCCGCUCAGAAACUCUUCAGGCACUCGUCGCACACGUCGGAGGCCGGGCAGCAGAACGAGAGCAACUCCGCUGUGGUGGAGGAGGCCCCGUCCCAAACGGAACGCCCUGCCGGCUCGCCCGGUUCGCCCGCCGAGGUCGGCGCUGUCGCCCAGCGCGACGAAGGAGGGGACGACGCCGAGGACCCGGGCGGCUCGCCCGCCACGGGGAGCCCCGCCGGGACGACGCCCUCCGAGCUGAGCGGCACGGGGGGCAGCGUCGGGGCCACGAGCAGCAGCGGGGGCAGCGGCGGGGGCACCAGCAGCGGCGGGGGCACGAGCAGCAGCGGGGGGGCGAGCGGGCCGAGCGCUGGCAGCGAGUCGAGCAGCGUGGUGGGGGUGACGGAGUCCGAGUCGGGCCCGUCGCGCUCACUCUCCCAGGACCCGGCGACCGGGCUGUCCUCGGAGCUGGAAUCUGAAGGGGAAAAGGGGCAGUAAAAAAAACGUCAAAGUUACACAAAUAAUACAAAUUAUAUACAUUUAUAUAAAUAGUUGGAUUAACAUUUAUAAGAAGUAAAUUUUUACAUGAAAGGUGUAAAUUUCAAUUUGCCGCCACCCACCGGGCCACGGGGUAAGUCACGUGGGUUUUUAAUGUGAAGCAUUUCUUUGACGGGAGAAGAGAUUGGAGGGGUGGGGUGGCUUGGUAGGUAGGCUCCCGGUGUCGCCGCUGUCAUGUGCCCUUGGAUGUAGCCCACUCACCCUUGCUGCUUGUGAGCACUCAUACCUUGGUUGUACUUGGAGCAUAGGUGCAGGUUUCCCUCGCUCUGUGCGGGUUCGGUUCGUGCGAUUUUGCGCACUGUAUACGCGGCUAACCUAUUUCAAAGAAUUCGCUGGAUUGUGCGGUGCGGAUUCGCUCGACAUGCGGCUUUGAGGUCGGACGUGGGGCAGCACUGCUUUUGUGCUGCGUGUGUACUGUAUGCGCUAUUCCGCUCCGAUUUGCACGGCUGGCUACGUACGGUGCGAAAGAAGUUCAACACACGUACGUAGCCAUCUUCCAGUGCGGGUCCGUUUUGUGUGCUCCCUUUUCUCGGAACGCAUCUGCGAGAGCGAAGGGAACUUGUCUGUAUGCGUGUGUGGGCAGCGGGUAUGGAGGCAGUAAUAACGAGACGACUUCGCAGCUGAAGAAGGCGGAAACAUUCAGGAGGCAAGGAAGGUUUGAGGAGCCAAUGCCUCUUGGUCAAGCCCCCCCCCCCCACUCCGUCGACGCGCCCUGUGGGUGUACACCCAAGGUUUUGGGAGCUCGCGAAUGAAGGGGGCGAGCGGGCUGCAGCAACGAGCGCGUUUGAUGGGUGAGUUUGGGUGCGUUUGCCCGGUCUGUCGUUCACUCCACGAUGCUCGCUUCCACGUCCUUUUCCAAUCGCGUGGCGAGAGAGACGGGCGUGCAUCGGUCACACGCGCGGUUGUGGCAAAGCGGUUUGGGGGCGAUCUUUGGAAGCAAGGAUGUACAUAUAAUGUGUAAUUGCAGGAUUAUUUUCUUGGCAAACUGAGGCUGUUCGGAAUAUUACAGGGACACUUUAAAGUAAUUUAAAACUUGGAUCAAAAUACCAUAUGAAGUUGUUUAGUUUUUUGGCCCGGCCAAAUCCUGCUGGGUUUGACAGCCCCCCCCCCCAUACCCCUCCCCUGCCCCCCCCCUGCUCGGAUGAUGGGUUCAUCAAACCCGUGUAGUGGUGUUCGUUGACGUGUAUGGGUUUUUCCUGGGGAUUUUUCGAAAGGCUCAUCAAAAACAAACUCGAGCUAUGUUAUUAUUUCGUGUCACGGAAUUGUUUUUGCACUUAAUAGGAUGUGUGUCAGCGGUGUGUGAUCACUGGGGGCCCAUUCCUUGUGAUGCUGCAAGGCUCUUUCCUACACGUGGGUCUAAUACUUGGUUUUGGGUGUCUGGGCUGAUUCCGUCCUCAUUGUUGAUGCUGGGGAUUUUUGGAAAAUAAAGAAUCGUUGAACAAUUA